CUCCAAAACUUUCCAAACGACGCCCAACACACGUCUAUAUUAUAUCGAGCGCAUCUUUCCCCCCCUUUUCCAUGGUUUAGGGUUUGGGUCAGGGGUUAGGGUUGGGGUUUUGUAUCUGUGAUCCGUGUUCAAAGUUCAAGCCCUCUCCACUCCGAGGGUUUCUCAAUCGGCUUUUAAUCGCGAGCAAAAGUAAGAGAAUCUGCAGCAAUGGCGAGGUACAGGAGCCGUAGCAGAAGCUACAGCCCUCGCCGGCGGAGCAGAACCCCGCCACGCGGUCGCAAGCGAUACGAAGAUGAACCUCGCGAUCGCUAUCGAGAAGGCAGAUCCUACAGAGACCGUCGCUCCCCGGCUCCUUCUGGUUUGCUGGUCCGCAAUCUCCCCCUUGACGCAAGGACAGAAGACCUGAGGAUUCCAUUCGAGCGAUAUGGUCCCGUGAAGGAUGUUUAUCUACCAAAGAACUACUAUACCGGGGAGCCACGAGGCUUUGGAUUUGUGAAGUACCGUUAUGCUGAAGAUGCUGCAGAAGCAAAACAACAACUGAACCAUACAAUUAUUGGUGGACGUGAAAUAAGAAUUGUGUUUGCUGAGGAGAACAGAAAAACACCUCAAGAAAUGCGUGUAACUUCCCGUACAAGUGGUAGAUAUGGAGGAAGCAGAAGGAGAACUCCACCAAGGUCUCCUAGACGCCGAUACCGCUCUUACUCAAGGUCACCUACACCAGCUAGGCAUGACUCAAGGGACCGUGGGGCUAGGGAUGAUUAUCGUUCACCAGUGCAUUCUAGGUCAAUUUCACGAUCUCCUCCACGUGAUGAGAGGGACUAUAGAAGGUCCCUGAGUCCAAGGGAAAAUGGUCGGAGUCCUCGUGCUGCAAGAGAUUAUGCACCGAGCAGGUCACUGAGUCCGAGGGGUAAUGAUCACAGUCCUUCAAGAUUUCGGUCACGAUCCUACAGUCCUCGCUGAUGGCUGUUGCAUGUUGCUGGUCAUGUGGUGCUCCUCACAGGAUCAGAGCGUAUUUAGCGCCAUUAAUUUGGCUGGACAACGACUGUGCGUUCUUGUAUUCUGUAAGAGCACAAGUAUUGUGGAUAUUACUGUUACUGCACGGACGUGUGUUGUCGGAUUGAGUCCGUUUUGUUUGUUAGUUAAGUGGGUGCUUGUAAUUUUUGGAGGAUCGUUUGUAUGGUUGGUUUAGUUCUUUAGGAUUUGUUCCGUGCUUUUGGGGUGUGCUAAAAUGGCAUUUGACCUGGUUACCUUUAGCAACUACGUGGGAGUAGAUUAUUUGUAGUACAAUUUGCAUA